AUGUUCAAAGUGAUAAUGACAAUAAAAGAAUUUUUGGUAUUUGUGCGGGAAGGGAUAUAUUCGCUACGUUUCACUGUUACACUGUUAACAUUUAUCGUUCUUCUCUUUAUCAUCGUGCAAUUAUGUGAAGUUAUAUAUUCAUUUAUGCAAUUAAAGCAACCAAGUUUGGAAAAUGAUGAAUAUUAUCCAACGGAGAUCAUUACGGAAGAUCCUAAUAAUUCGAGUAAAUUAAGUCUGAAAAAAGGAAGAAGGAGCAAUGAAGAUUCCAUCCAGCUUCCAUCGUUCAAUAAAGAAACUAAAGAAAGAAAUUAUCAUAUAGGAAUAUUUGAUAAGAAACUACUGGAAAUGGAGAAAUCAUCACCGCUCUCCGCAUCACUCAUACUAUCCAAUUCAUUAAACCGUUCAAGAAAACAGUUAGAAGAAAAUUCACCCAAACAGAGCUGCAUAAUAAAAGAACAAUCAACCAACGAGCCAUCAAUCACAACAAAUGAUGGAUCAAAAAAAUCAUCGAUAAUAACAAUCAAUUCGCCAAGUAAAGAAAAAAUAUGUCGUUCUGCAGAGGCUAUUUUAGUUUUGAAUGAGAAUAAGUGGUAUACCGGGACGUUAUCUUGGUCAUUUCGGGAUCCGUUCCGUCUUUUCAAAAACGAUCAAAAAUUUAUCAUUGUAAAGAGUAUCCUACGACAGGCUUUCGAGAAAUGGUCAAACUCAUCAGGAGGUGCACUUAUAUUUGAAGAUCUCUCUCCAAUGGAUCGAACUUCAGGAAAUACUGGUGCAAAUUUUGAUGUUUUAUUCGCUAAAUAUGCUCAUGGUGAUAAAGAAUCAUUUGAUGGAUUUGGUGGAAUUGUGGCUCAUUCGGGAUAUCCUGUGGAGGGUAUCAUCCAUUUCGACGCUUCUGAAUAUUGGUCAAUCAACGGACGUACAGGGCUUGAUUUGCGAUACGUUGCCCUUCAUGAAAUUGGACAUGCGCUUGGACUUAGACAUUCAAACGAUCCAAAAGCUAUUAUGAAUCCAUAUUACAGUGACCAACUGAAAAAAGGUUUUGAACUUGGCGAAGACGAUAUUCUGGGUAUCAAGAAGCUUUAUGGAACUUCUUAA